ACCAACUGGCUAAAGCUGCUGAGCUAGUGACCAGAACACCAGGGAUGUUUGGUCAGUGAGUUUAUAGGGACCUGUUCCUUGACAUCAGAUCAGCAAGCUAGUGACAGCAUCUUAAAAGAGGAUUAUGCCUUGAUAUAAUUCCAGCAUUGCAGAGGCUGAUCUGGAGCAUUGGCCUCUACCCAUUGUUCCUGGGGAUGAUCAGUCGCAAGGUCCUGAUUUCUCCAUUGACCCUUCCCCUUUCUUUGGGUACUGAGAGCUAGCCAACCAAAACACCCCCACUGAGUUUUAGUAAGGGGACACUAGCAUUAAGGAGCUGGGACAAGUGGUGCAAUCACUGGAGACUGUCUGCUCAUCACAGAGGCAGCAUCACCAACUUCAGAACAAUAUCGCCAGCCACAAUGUGACAGGGACUCAGCCCACGAAUUUGCUGAGAUGAGGCAGAAUGGGCUUCAAUGCUUGCUCUUCUGAAGUGACAUCAGCUCUUCGGGGAUGAAGGGAGGAGGGGGGAGAGUCCUAUCCAGCCAAGACUUUGGAGGCAGACUUGCACAGUUGCAGUAAAGAAGUCAUAUCCAGAUGGGUGAAAUGGGCGUCACCCAUAGGGAUCGCUUCUGGAGGGGCUCCCUGCUGGUUGACAGCUCUCUUCAGUAGUAAGGGGGAAAUCUGUCUCUCUUGGGGGAUUUGCAAGAGCGAAGGUUUUUGCAGGAAACAGUGCUUCAGUCUACACAGACACAGCCCUGUGAUUUCUUAAGCAGACUAGCCAGGAGCAGCCAGAGAGGGUGGAAGCCCCUCUUCUCCUCUGCAUGAGAGGUGCUGAAGGACUGCAACGUAAACUAAGUCACAGAGAUUGCACCUGGUAUUUUCACCAGAUAAGAUGACCUCGGGAACAUUCAGUACUUAUGAAGAAAACAUUGAUGACCACGAUUGGCAAUAUGACGGCAGCCUGGGGAUCUCAGAGCUUUUGCAGGAGAAAAUAUAUAGUGAGGAGCUGCAGAGCUUGUUUCCUGAAGGGUGGAACUACGAGGAAAUGUUGCAGGACGUGAUGGACCUUGAGAGGUCUGAAGGCAUCAUCCCCUGGGAAGAGAGUGCCAGUGAAGACAUCAUGGUCUUUCUGAAGCAGUUCCCUGAGCAGAGAAAGGAGAUAGAGAAGUGUAUCCAAUGCCUUAAGGACAUGGCAGACAACAUUGACGAGACCCAUAAGAACUGCACCAUUGCCAACAUGGCCGCAAACUCCACGAGCCUGGCGUCUGGCAUCUUGACCAUCCUUGGGCUGACCUUAGCACCGCUGACGGCAGGGGGGAGUUUGGCUCUCACGGCAACUGGGAUCGGCUUAGGGGCAGCAGCAGCGGCUACCAGCAUUUCUGUCGGCAUAUAUGAGAACGUCAGCAAUGCAAAAGAAAGGAGUAAAGCCAACGACCUGCUGGUGGAAUGCCAAAGCAACCUGAAAACACUGACCCACUCCGAUGAAGUGGAUUUCAGACCCAUAGUCUCCCCAAAGAGCGAGGCCAUGGGCAACCACCUGACACACGUCCUUUCCACCGCUAGUAAAAUUCCAGAGGUAGUAUACAAAAGCGUUAAGGGGAUAAGAACCAACGUAAGAGCAUUCAAAGUGGUGAAAGCUAACCCUGGUUUGAAGGCCUUAGCACAACGGCUCACCGCGGCCGGGAGGACAGCCCGGAACACAGCAAAGGGGACCAAGCAAGUGCAAAAAGCCUUAGCUGGGACCACCCUUGCCAUGUCCAAAAGUGCGAGGGUGCUCGGUGCCGCAGCCACAGGAGUUUUUGUCGUGUUUGAUGCCUACAGUCUCGUGAAAGACUCCAUCCAUUUAACUGAGGGGGCGAAGGCAGAGGCUGCAGCAGAUAUAAGAGAAAAAGCUAGCCAACUUGAAAAGGACCUUCAGAAUCUCAACGAACUGUAUGAGGAGCUGAAAGGCAUGGUAUAUGAAUAGAUGAGACCCAAGUUCCCAUUUCCAGCACUGGGCCAGGAGAAGAACCAAGUCACAAGGGGAGGGGAGAUUGUGGUAGGAAGUCAAAGCCCCCAAAAACUACGCACGAUGCUAACUCACAAGGAGAUGCCAGCUCCACUUUGACCAAAAGCAUUAAGUAAUCUGAACAGUUCAAAGAGAUUGAUACCAUAAUUCACUCCCUCCUGCGUUUGGAAUUCAGGGAAAGGAUCAGGAGACCUCGUGCUACUGAACAUUUUGUUAAUUCAGAACCCGGGACACCAUGAAUCAUCCUGCCAGGAAUUUAUCCUAUUUUGCCUAUGCUUAAGAGAAAGCAACAAUAUGCUGUAUGCAUGUGUGAGAGAUCUGCUCAGGAGUGAAAUUACAAGAGCAGUAACUGCUUUUCAAAUGAACUUGUAAAGCAUUAAACUUCUUCCUUUCUGUUUUGAGUGUAUUAGCUGCCUUGCCCACAUCUGUAAUGCUCACUGAAGCAUUUUAAUUCACCUUAGCAAAUAGAUAGACAUACCUGAGAUAUUUGUGCCUUGCCACCAUUAUUUUUAUAUUAGCGUAGCACCUACGUGCCUCAACGCUGGGUGUUGUACGGACUCAGUGGAAACUGGGGCUGGGUGUGAAGAACAGGCAUGAGGGAGAGAGAAAUUUCUCCAAAGAUCUGAAAUUCACCCCCAUCUGCAAGAGCAUCUGGAGAAGGGGAGAUUCCCCCAACUCCCUUCAUUUGAAAUUAAAGCCGUGCCGUGGAUUCCUAGCAGUUCUAGGCUAGCCAGCAUGCUUUAACCAACCGCACAGCCAUGAACUAGCAUGGAGAGUAGCAAAGCGGUGUUUCCGGAAGGUGGAGAGUCAAACCUUUUACAUUUCAGGGGAGGGGCACACCCUCACUCUAGCAGAGAAGAGGCUGAUGAGUUCUUAUGGGCUCAGCCAGCACUAACCAGGAACCAAUAUACAUGCCUCCAUACCCUUGGGACCAGAGUAUCAAGAGGGAGCUGAGAGGAUGUACAGACAGUAACUUAGAGAAAAAGGAAGGCUGUAUCAGCCCUUGAAGGGAAAACAAGAGAAAGCCAAUGCUUUAGAGAAUGCACCCUGUACAGCAGCUGUGACAUUGCUCCCAUGUCUUGCCUUUGAGACGAAGAGACUGGACCUGGCAAAAGAGGGUUUAUUGGUAUUUUAUGCCGCGAAGAGUUAAGACUAAGCAGAGCUAGCUUGGCAGCCAUAUGAAACCCUAGCUGUGCACAUGUAUUUCCCAUUAGACACAUGCAGUUUAAUUCCUGACUCAUUAUGCAUGAAUUAAAAAUGUGUUUGAAAAAAAUUAAUCCAGCUGGAAAAUAAAACUGUA